AUGGCGUCCCAAUCCAGCACACCAUCAUCGACUCUACGCAAGUCCCGUGCUGAUACGCCUGCACCUUGGAUUGAGCUUCCAUCAAACUCUCCUCCGUCGACACCUUCAGCGGUUGGGUCGCAUGGUUCCGAAUGGUCUGCCCAGUCCACUCCGCCCUACAACGAAGCCCUCGAGGGGGCUGCUUCUCGCAAGUCCCGUCGUGCUACAUCUUCGCCUUCGACUACAGAAAACUCCCGUCCGUCGACUCCUUUGUCCGGUGGGUCUCGUGGCUCCGUAUUGUCUGCUUCGCACUCUGCAGCCUUCAACGAAGACGUGUUGGCUCAAGCUGCCAUCAGUCUACACGAUCGGACGUUGGAAGCAUUCGAAGAUCACAAGGCUACCUCCCGCGCCAAAAUAGACUCCUGCAGCGACAACAUGGAAAAAUACUAUACGCUUGUUGACAACUUUCAUACCCUUGUGAACAACCACCAUACCCUUGUCGACAACCAUGAUAGGCGAGGCUUUGACGCACUUGUUGCCAUUUCCAAAGGGAAUGACAAGAUUGCCACACAUUUGGUUCAGGUUGACGCGAAUCAAUCAGACGCCUGGACCAACGUUGAAGAGAGUUUUGACGAAGACAACGACAUGGAGGAGGAGGAAGAAGAAAUGGCGACGCCCAAAAAAUUGUCUUUUGAGGAAACGAAUGAGACCGCUUCAAACGGUUCUUUGAACCGCAAGAAGGUCGCGGCAUCCGUCAGCACAAGCGCGAAAGCUGGAACCAGUACUAGUAGUGCCAAGGCAACUACCCCUCUGCGCCUCAACGACCAGACGGUGAAGGCUUCCCUGGUUCCCAUGGAGAGCUUCGGGUAUCUUCUUCGUUUCCUCUUCGUCGUUUUCAAGGGCAAGCUUCGCGGUACCCGUACGAAAGUAGAACGAUUCAUUAAUGGUGUUGUGAAGUUUGCUCGGGAGACCUUUGGCAGUAGUUUGCAAGGAACUCAUCCUUCAUCUACCGUUCUUGCAACUCCGUCAUCUACCAGCCCCAUUCGCGUUGCAUCCUCGACAGCUAUCGAGUCUACCCCCGAUACCAAGAGUCCUGGCACCCAACCGAUCCCCAAUUGCGCUUCAACCAAAGUCAGCUCAGCACUGGUCCUCCGAGUCACUGGAUUGUUGGAAAGUGUGAUGGAGGAAACAAAGAAGGGGGGUGCUGAGGUAGCGGACUACCGCAAGCAUUGUGCCGCAGUCAAGAAAGUGCGAAAAGAAACCAUGCAUCGGCUCUUGGACGAUAGAGACAGCGAGCAGAGCCAACGUAUCUCGGAGGCCUUGGUUGAGGAGAUGGAGGAAGAGAAAGACUUCAAGGAUCUAUUUUGGAAUGACCAAGAACGUCGUCAUACAAGAUUGGAUGGCGUCCUCAGCGCAGCCACAUUGCUUCUUGAAAGUUUGCUAAGUCCAAAUUGUGUCAUCCCCUCACAGUUCCACGAGCAGAUGGAUGGAUAUUCCGAUGUUGAUGGGUACGGCGACUGCACUCAAAAAGAUGAUUCAGACUGCAACGAGGACGACGAAACAGUCGACAACUAG